AUGGCAGAAGUGGAGAAUGGAAAUACCAUCAGCGCAGAUGAGAUUGCGCUCUAUGACCGGCAGAUCCGGCUUUGGGGUGUGCAAGCACAAGAGAAAAUUCGGUCAUCAAAUAUCCUCUUGAUCACGGUUAAAGCGCUCGCCAACGAGAUCGCCAAGAACCUGGUCCUAGCCGGCAUUGGAUCACUCACAAUUAUCGACCACGAGCCCGUCUCCGCGACUGAUCUGGACGCAUCUUUCUUCCUGGAGGAAGCAUACAAAAAUGAGGACGUAAUCAAGCAAGGGAAAAACCGUGCCGAGGUCGCCGGCCCUCAAAUCCACCGCAUGAACCCCCGAGUCAAGCUUCAUAUUGACACAGCCGACGUUCGCAGCAAACAACCCGAUUUUUUCAGUCAAUUUGACGUUACAAUUGCGACCGAGCUCGACUUUGCUUCCUACACCACAAUCAAUGCGGCGUGUCGCAUCGCCAAUCGACCCUUUUACGCAGCUGGGCUGCACGGACUCUACGGCUAUGUCUUUGCCGAUCUCAUCUCUCAUGACUUUGUGAUCGAGCGGGAGAAGUCCAACGGCCCAACACGACAGCAGGAAACACUCACGAGAAGCGUCGUAAGCGUGGCGGCCAAGACCGAGGGCGAGAAAAGCGAAAAAGGAAGCAGGGACAAAGUCAUCGAGCUGGUCACGAAGCGCGAAACGUACUCCCCACUCCAGCUAGCCAAUACCUCCCCUUUACCCGAAGAAUUCACCAACAACCCCCGCCGCCGGAAGCAAGUCACGCCAUUGCUCAGCUGUCUCCGCGCAUUGUGGGAAUUCGAAAAAAUCUCCGCUGGCCGCAGACCCAGCUUUGCACACCAAGAUCUCGAAGUCUUCACACGGCUAGCGCGGGAAAGUCACCAAGAACUGAAAUUGGACCUCGCAACUCUCGACUCUACUUUCCUGCGCCAAUUCCUCCAGAAUCUUGGCUGUGAGCUCAGCCCCGUGGCAGCGUUUGUCGGCGGUGCCUUGGCCCAAGACGUGAUCAAUGUCCUGUCUGCGCGCGAGCAGCCGCUCCAGAACAUGCUGCUCUUCGAUGGAGAGAAGUUGGCCGGGCCUAUCUAUCCUUUGCAUCCGUUCUUCCCGCCCGAAAUGGAUGUUGGCUCGCUAGCCGCUGUGCCACCUGUGGCUAACCCGAUUCCCAUGAACCCAACGACUAUCACCAAUCUCGCGAGUCAUCCCGCUCCUAGCGCCGUUCUUAACAGUGCCGCAGAUCUUCCCGCAAAUCCGUCCUUGAAUCCUGGAUUAUGA